AUGGCUCCUAGCCACAAGCAGUGGAUCAUCCCGUUUGCUGUGCAGUUGAUUCCAGCAGGGCUAUUGCUAGCAGGUGCUUUCUGGCUUAGGGAAUCUCCAAGAUGGCUGUUCUCCAAGAACAAGCGAGAGCAGGCUCUGAAGAAUCUGGCGUGGAUUCGGAACCUCCCGGCCGACGACCUCUAUAUUGUGGAAGAGGUUGCAUUCAUGGACGCCGCUCUCGAAGAACAACGUGCUAGCAUCGGUAAUACCUUCUGGUCGCCGUUCAAAGCUGUUGGUAAGAGCCGACAAGUCCAGUGGCGCUUUUUCCUGGGUGGUAUGCUCUUCCUGUGGCAGAAUGGCAGCGGCAUCAAUGCCAUCAACUACUACAGUCCCACAGUGUUCAAGAGCAUCGGCAUCACCGGCACCAGCAGUAGCUUUUUGACGACCGGCAUCUUCGGAGUAGUCAAGACUGUUCUCACCUUUGUAUGGCUUCUAUACCUCAUCGACCGACUGGGUCGACGUAAUCUCUUGAUGAUCGGCGCUGCCGGGGGAUCUGUAUGCAUGUGGAUUAUUGGUGCCUACAUCAAUGUCAAGGGCACGAAGACAAAGAGCACCCAGCUUAGCUCUGGUGGCAUUGCUGCUAUCUUCUUCUUCUAUCUAUGGACCGCUUUCUACACACCUACUUGGAAUGGUACACCAUGGGUUUUGAACUCCGAGAUCUUCGAUCAGAACACUCGCUCGCUUGGUCAAGCGAGCGCUGCUGCUAAUAAUUGGUUCUGGAACUUCAUCAUUUCACGCUUCACACCUCAGAUGUUCGCGACCAUGGGUCCAUCAGGAUGCGGCGUAUACUACUUCUUCGCCAGCAUGAUGAUCCUCUCGAUCCCAUUCGUGUAUUUCUUGAUACCGGAGACCAAGGGAAUACCGCUUGAAUCCAUGGAUCGAUUGUUCGAGAUCAGGCCAGUGCGCAAAGCUCACGGACAAGUCAAUGCCGAAGACAGAGCAAGGGAGGAGGACUUCCGACAUGAUGCAGAGGGAGCAGGAUUGACCGUGGCAAAGGAGAAGCUCGAGCACCGAGAGAUGACAGAGGAGGUUUGA